GACUUUUGUGACUUGUCAGAUGUAUUCGCUGAAAAACUCGGAGUAAGAAGACGAAGGAGGGAGGAGCAGAUAUAGAUUCAUGCUUUUGGGUUUUGACCGGCUAAAGCCAAGAUAGUACUAAUAAGAGAUCAAACAAAGGAAGGACCAUUGUUUAUCUGCAAGAAGAUGACGAGAUCGUGGGUGCUUUUGUUUGUUCUCAUGUUCCUCGUGUUGACUUCUCAGUUAGAAUGGAAGGAGCAACUUGAGAGUGAAAUUGAGGCUAGUCGUUCCUUGAUUCAAUCAGAUAAAGAGCUACAUCAUAUACCACACGGCAAAGAAUCUUUGCAAGAAAAGAAAAUUCUCUCACAAGAAAAUAAGAUUCAGAAGCUUAAUGACAUGGUCCAAGAUCUAAGGAGGCAAUUGGUGCAAUGCAGGAAUGAAAAUCAGGUUGAGUUGACGGAGCUAGUAACUGAGAUUGAUCAGCUUCCACUAAGUGGUGUCUAGUCCAUUUUUCACAGAUAGAAGCUUUUUUUCAAGCACUUCACAACCUUCAAAUGUUAAUCAAGAUUCUUUAAUCAACCUAAUACCCCAAAAGCCUUGUUUAUACUGCACUUGGAAGUUCUGUGUACUUUGAAGGAGAAAUCAAAGAAGAGUGGAAUAGGCUAAGAAUACAUGUAUAGGCUAAGAAUGCUAUUGGAAUCUUUGGGGUGUAACUCUACUCCCUCUCUAUCUCUAUCUCUCUCCUCUUUGGUUUU